AUCUUAUCACUACCGCUCCCGAAAACACGACCGUCCGCUACCACUGCGUCGCACAGACUCUCAAUUGUCAGUUGUCAUCCGUUUUAAAUGUUGGGUAAAUGAAUAUUAGGCUACUGAUAGAGAAUCAUUCAAGUUGAGUAAAUUUAUUAUGGACCUUUGUCAAUUCCUCUAUAUUGAGAACAUUUUCAAUCCACGGUUCACAGAUAAAUCCACUACACCUACAUAUGUGUUUUACAACUUCUAUUAAAAAAAAAAUAUUUUGAAGUUUUAAUUUUACACAUUCAGGUUACUAAAAAUUGACGCUUUUCAAGGUGUAGGAAUGGCAGACGUGAGUUUCAGUCACGUUCUCUGUUUAGCGUCAAUCAGUCACAGUUGUGAGUGAGAGUGUGAGAGAGUAAAGUGCUGGUGCUGGCUUUCCCAGCUGUGAUAAGAACAGGUUACGUCUUUGGUCUGUGUGUCGGUUCCGACUGGGAGUUACGUCUCAGUACUUAGUACGAGUACGCCAGUUGCCGGCAAGCUAGCUUGUCAGGGCCAGGGCCAGUGAGUGCAUCAAAGUCUAGUGUGUAAUAGAGUGGGAUCUAGUGGGGGCCAGCAACGGAAGAAAACUCUCCUCAAUUUUCCAUCUAAGGAAAAUUCUGUCUGAUCGUUUCAUCCGCAAAGACCAACUAAUCCAGACAAAAUGUUGACCAGGGUUUGGUUGAGUAAAAAGCAGGCGGCUGUUGUGUUGGGAAUGGCCAUACUGUCGGUCAUCAUCCUGGCCGCUUCUUACUUUUAUGUAACACAAAUAAGAGCCGAAACUGAGAGAAAGCAUGAAGAAGCGUUUGCCGAGAGUCCCAGACCGCACAUUGUGUUCAUACUGGCUGAUGACAUGGGAUGGAAUGAUGUCGGUUUCCACGGCUCGAAUCAGAUUCCAACUCCUAAUUUGGAUGCUCUAGCUUUCAGUGGAAUAGUUUUGAACAAGCAUUAUGUUCAACCAGUUUGUACGCCAUCAAGAGCAGCGUUGAUGACUGGAAAAUAUCCAAUACAUACAGGUAUGCAAGGCAGGCCGAUGUAUGGCUCAGAAAAACGGGGCUUGCCUCUUGACGAGAAGAUUUUUCCACAGUACCUGAAAGAUCUCGGUUAUGCAACACACAUUACAGGCAAAUGGCAUCUGGGCUAUUACAAAAUUGAUUACACUCCUUUGAAGAGAGGCUUCGAUUCUCACACGGGCUACUGGAACGGAGCUAUCAGCUACUAUGAUCAUAUUUUGCAGGAAGUGGAAGAUGAAACGAUGAAUGGACAUGAUUUCCGAGUAAACUACACUACAGCUUGGCAUUAUCAAGGAAAAUAUGCGACGGAUGUAUUUACAGAGGAGGCUGAGCAUAUAAUACAGCACCAUAAUGCUUCGAAGCCUCUAUUCUUAUACAUGCCUCAUUUGGCUUGUCAUGCUGGGAAUGAAGGCAAAUGGUUAGAAGCACCUCAAGAGGCAAUCAACAAAUUCUCCUUCAUUCCAGAUCCAAACAGGCGGACAUACGCUGCAAUGGUGCAUAAACUUGAUGAGUCGGUUGGAAGAGUGGUUUCGGCUCUUGCUGAGAGAAGGAUGCUACAUAACUCGAUAAUUGUAUUUGUAUCUGACAAUGGAGCUCCCAUCAAUGGCAUAUUCAAGAACUACGGCUCAAAUCAACCACUCAGAGGAGAGAAAUCAACUCUGUGGGAAGGUGGAAUACGCACGCCUGCAUUCGUUUGGAGUCCACUUCUGCAGAGCAACUCUCGUGUCUCCACUCAACUCAUGCACUUGACAGAUUGGUUACCAACUCUCUACUCUGCUGCUGGAGGAGACGUGGAAGAUCUUCCCAAAGAACUGGACGGCUAUGACAUGUGGACUUCUCUAUCGCAGGAUCUCGUUUCUGAAAGAGAUGAGUUGAUUGUAAAUAUCGAUGAGAUCAAGAGAUAUGGGUCCAUUAUUUUCGCAGAAAAUUCAACAUCAGAAAGUCAGACUUUAUACAAACUUAUUGUGGGUAAAGCACAUUCCAAUAACUAUUUCACUCUUCUUGAUCUUCAACAGUCACCAAAAUAUGAUCCAGAUAGUUUGUUGAACAGUCAGACUUACAAAGCAAUCAAAAAAUUGGGAAAGACAAGCAACAAUUCUCAAGAGGAGAUCAAUGCAGCGACCAUUUUGAAAUUACGUCGAGAAGCUACAGUUACUUGCCCAUCAAUGGAGGAAGUAGCCAAUUGCUCUGGAAUCUGUGUAUACGAUUUGACGAAUGACCCUUGUGAACAGAACAAUCUAUCUGAAAGAAGUGAGCUGCAAAGUUUGAUAGCAACUUUCAAGAACCGAUAUGAAAGCCUCUUCAAAUCUGUGACUCCUCAGUUACCAAUAGUCAUGGAUCCAAGAGCAAAUCCUGCUCUUCACAACUACACAUGGAGUAUUUGGGAGACGAGCUGAUCGACCACCUACAAUAAUAUUGCGUUAAGUUAUGAUAUAUGAUGGCUUCAAAUAUCAAAAAGCUUACCUUUUGUCAGUAACUUUUACUAUGGCCUUCUCCAAUCUCUGUCUAGUAACUAAGUAUUAUCUCAAGUAGAGGAAGAAUGACAAUUACCAAUACAGGAUUAUAUCACCAAUAUUGGAAGGUGACCGCUUGAAAAAAAAACAGUCUAUAGACUAUAUAAAUAGGUUAUUUCUUAGGUAGGCAAUCAUAUUUAUACAAAACAUAAUCAUCAUUGGUUAUCCUGAGUACAAGUCAAAGCAAAAGUCAACUCUAGUCAAGAUGCUCUGUGUGGUCGGUCUCAUAUUCACAAAUAUUUCAUAGUCAUCUUUAAUUUAGUUGUUUGAAGCAACAUAUAUAUAAGGAGCUUUUUCAAGAAUGAAAUCAUUGAUGACUAUCUGACUGACACAGAAGCUUGUCAAACCAUUUUUGGCCCAUACUUAUGACAUUCGCUUGCCCAAAGGUGGUAGGACAUUACAAAUGACUCCAUUGUUUUGAAUUGACUCUCGUAUAUCGAUUUAUUUGGCUUAGAGGGAUUAAAUCCUGCUAAUUCUUGAUCACAGUAUUUUAUUGUAUAUUUUUAGACUACUCAACUUUUAUUCAAUUACAGUACCUAAGACAAGAAUAUUCACUUGAGAUUUGAAAACUGCAAGUUUUUAUAAUAUAGUAUAUAGGCCUAAAAAAGAACAUAUUUUUGUGAUAGCACAGCAUAAUAUUGUUAAAAUAGUUCUAGAUAAUUAUACUACUUAUUUGUAAUUGUUAUUACGUGCAAAAAAGCAUUAUUGUUUUUCAAAUAUAAACUUUUUUACGGCUUGUAGAAUA